AUGCGAACCAUUUGGAAAACCACAGACAGCGGAGAUGGCUAUGACCGCGCCCGCCUAGACAACGUCUUCAACAUGGAACGACCGGCGCAUUUCCCACGCGCCGUCGUCACGGCGACAUGCACAGAGGACGUCAUCGGCGCAGUGCGGAUGGCACUUGACCAGCCUCGAAAAUGCCGAGUUGCCGUGCGAUCUGGUGGUCACUCUUUCUUCGUGUGGAGUCUCCACGACGACUCGAUGCUAGUGGAUCUGGGCAGCUGGAAAGAAAUCGUCGUGGAUGCGGACACGGGCAUCGCGGAGGUGACUCCGGGUGUGACUGGGGCUGAACUGAACGAAUACCUGCGAGCCCAUCAUGGCUGUUUCUUCCCUACGGGUCAUUGUCCGGAUGUCGCACUAGGCGGGUUCCUCCUGCAUGGGGGACAGGGGUGGAACUGUCGUGGCUGGGGAUAUGCGUGUGACAAAGUCGUGGGCGUGGAAGUUGUGACGGCGCAAGCCGAGUUGCUGCAGUGCAAUGAAGACGAGAAUACGGAUUUAUUCUGGGCAGCCAGAGGAGCUGGACCUUUGUUCCCUGGAAUCGUAACCAAGUUCUACCUACAACUGCUUCCAGACCUGACCGGCCAUAUCCGAUCAUCCGCCUACAUCUAUCCCGCCAGCAUCUACCAUGAAGCCUUUGAGUGGGUUCAGUCGAUCGUCCCAGAUGCCGACCGGGAUACGGAGAUUGUAAUAGUUGCUUUCCACUCCGACGUCCUUGGUGAAACCUGUUUGAAAAUUCACUUUGUGGCCAUGAAGUCGAAUCCCCUGGAAUCGGAGUAUGCAUUGACUGAAAUUCAUCGAAGUCGACCCGCAGGAACUAUCACAGAAUCAGUUUCCCAGAAAGAUACUAUGAAGCAUCUAUACGAGGACCAGAUCCACGCCAACCCCAAAGAUCACUACUGCUAUACAGACGACUACUUCAUCUCCAAUUCUGCAAAUGUGACCGAGGUCUUAGAGGAGACCUGCUUAACCAUCCCUGCCGGGAAGUCCUUUGCAUUCUGGUAUCCGCUAUACCCGCGCAGUAGACAUACUGUCUCGGACAUGGCGUUGAAUGUCCCCUCGGACCAUUAUUUCGUUGUGUACGCUAUUGGCAGCGACCGGGAUGAGGCGGCGCGAUCAAAAGCAUGGGCGCAGGAGAGUAUGGCAAAGGUAAAAGAGCACGCAGUGGGAUCGUAUCUGGGCGAGUGCGAUUUGAAAAUGGCCUAUGAUUGGUACUGGGGCCGCAGCGCCCAGCGUCUUGCCACAGUUCGUCAUAGUCGAGAUCCUGAUUCCUUGUUUUGCACAGUUCAUGAAGGCAGUGACAGAGAUGAAGAAUAG